UCUUGGAAAAUUAAAUUAUUUGACUGAUCCGCGAAUCGGAAUAAAUGUUAUGUUUUCAUUCUACCUACAAUUUUAAAGCAAAAAUUUCGCGCUGCACCACGUCGUACUCGUGGCUAUUCCACCGCCGCCGCCGUUACAAGUCAAAUAUCUACAGGUCUGGAGUAAUUCCACAAUCAGCUGUCACAUAUCUGACGUGUAUGGAACACAAACAAAUCUGAUAUUUGCGGUGAUAUGCUGGAAUCGAGAUGAACGGCACGUUUUAUGAGCAGCUGGGGGGUGUGGCAGGGGUGUUCGAGCAAUGGGGCACGUGCGAACGGACGGUGGUCGCGUGCGCGCUGGCCCGCAGGGUGCCCUGGCCAGGGCUAAGGCUGGUGCAGAGGACUGUGGAAGCCGCCCUGCAGAACCAUGUAGAAGACGAGCGCCUGGAACGAGACGCAAAUGACGAAACGCUCUUAGCUAGCUUAUUGGCGGCAAGGGCGAAUGAUGACGAUGAAGAAGACAGUGAACGCCUCCGACAACUCCUGACCCUGCUGCCGUUACUCCGGACAGACAAUGAGCGAGCAAAGAAUGUAUAUGUGGGUGCAGCUCCAGCACUGGUACAGCGCUGUGUGGAUGCUCCUCGGAGAACGAUAGCACCAGACUUAUGUAGACAACUGCUGUCGUAUCUGCUGGUGCAUCCCGCACUUACACAUCAUGACCAGAGGACAUUAACACAAUGGUUACGAUACCUAGAAAAUCAUAUAUCAGGCAAUAGAAAUACAGAAUCAGUAUGGCAGCAACGAAUAGACCCCUGUCUACUACCUGAGACAAAUAUUUGGAGCACCAAUAAUGCUUUUAGACGCACCAUUGGCAAGAAUGUGGAAUUCAGAGGCAUACUCGACGCGGUAGACCCGCCGUCCUAUACGGACAUGUUACAAGAGUCCUUCUCCAAGAAUGGAAGGGAUGUCGAUAUCAGUUUAGAAGGAGACAUAUUGAACUUUGAUGUUGCAAUUGGCAAUCAAAAAUCGCAGCGAUCGAAUAGUCUAACGCCUCCCUCAACUAAUUUCUUGCAAAUGUCGUCGUCUGCUGAGAAUUUAAGCGACGAACCGUUUGUACAGAAGCCUAGAAGUUUUUCGUUAUCAAGUGAACAUAGUUUAGGACAAUUAAGGCCGAUUAGCGUUAUGUACGGCACGACGGGGAGCGAGACAAGGUUGGACGACUUGAGGUCGAACAAUUACACAGAGCACCCUGGCAUGUCUACUGUAGCGGCUUGGUUGAAGAGUCUGAGGCUGCACAAGUAUGUGUGGCUGUUCACCAAUAUAACUUAUGAACAAAUGAUGGCGAUGGAUGAGAAAUAUUUAGAAAAAUUAGGUGUAACAAAAGGCGCCCGUCACAAAAUCCUGCUCUCCAUUAAGAAACUAAAUGACAGACCAGCAACCCUGGAGGCAGUGCAGGCUGAACUAGCCUCGAGUCCGGGCGCCGCGUGUGUGGUGCGAGCGCUAGAGAAGCUGCGAGGGGUAUUGCUGUCUCCCAUGCCCCCAGGGUCUGAGUUACCUGCUGGACUCGUGCAGGCUUUGGAUCUGGCAUCAAAGUGCAUGACUGGUGAGAGUAGCGUGUGCAGUGCGGACGGAGAGCUGGACAUGCUGGACCCGAUGUCACUGCAUUGCUGGCUUGUGGAGAAGGCGCUGCACCACGAGUCGUUCCGCGCGGGCGCGCUGCAGACGGCGCUGCGGCGGCUGCGCCACCGCCUGCCGCCGCGACAGUUCUUCCGCCACGUCAGCGAGCUGCCCGCGCUGCGCCGCAACAAGCCGCGGUGGCGUCUCCCUCAGACGAGUACGCGCGGCCGCCGCUCGUGGGCGCCGCCGCCCCCCCGCGGCAAAUCCAACUCGUACCCCCCCUUUCCUCCGUUUCCCCCAACCCUACGUCCCCCCCACCUGCCCCCCCCGGACGACUACUCGAGCCUGGACGCGCUUUGUCUACAGAUGACGGAACAGGCUAUAAAUUGAGGGGGGGUCACGGCCGGUUCGGAAUUGAUAUAGAUAAAACAUUUUUGGACAUAGACAACAUUGUUUUUGCAAUUGAGCGACUCUCGUCGAUGGGGGUAAUGUUGAGUGAGAUAUGGACAAUAUUUCGGAGUUGAGCGGUCGGUUUUCUUGUUUAAAAGUUUUGGUGAUGUGAGUAUUUUUGGGGGAGGAAAGAUGUGUUAUGAAGGGUUAUUGUUGAAGAAAAUUAUCGUUAAGGUGUUGGUCUUUGGUGGUGAGAUAUUAUUUGUUAGACGUUUGGUUUGUGCUCCUUACUUAAACCAUGCCCUUCUAUCCCACAAUCCCAUACGUUCUCCGCUUUCCUUUAAUCCUAUUUGCAAUUCCAAUUAACCAAAUCCCAUUCAUUACUUAGGUAAUGUAAUUACAAAAGUAAUAACCUAACUUGGUUUAACAAAUUACAAAAAAAAUGCAGUAAUGAAACAGCAUUUCAUCAUCAAUUGACCAAUAACUUAAAUAUUAAAAUUAAUUUAUAUUAUUUGUUUGUUUUUACAGCGAAAUAUUGUUUUAAAAUUGGAUGAAUUCAUAAACUUGCAAACUGAAAUCACCUUCUCAAUAUUUCUUGUUCAAUUCGAAAGUCAUGUAAUAUUAAUAAAUGUAUUUAUUAUAAAUAUGUAAUAUAAAUUAAGCGUAUAAAUUGCUUUUAAGGAUAUUAAACGAAGGAAGCUAAGCCGCUCGUUCGCCUACAUAUAUUUCGAGCUUAGACUAUUCGAUUAAAUGCUGCACUUGAUAUAUAAAACCUUUUUAAAGGUCGCAAAACCAAUUGUCGCAAUGCAUCGAUACAUGAAUAAUUAAUUAAUUACUAAAUACAUAAUUACUUGCGUCCUACUAAUGCUAACCAGAAUAACCGACGUUUGUUUUUGAACAAAUCGAUGAUUACUAUAAGUUACUCAAAAUGGCGAACAUUUUGUAUUUGAUAUGACAAUGUCAUAAUAUUUUUUUCAUAUGACACCAAGAAUUUAUAGUUGCAUUCCCAAUAGUAAUCAAAGUCAGUAGAAGAUUGUCCUUUUUUACUCAUUUUUUUAAAUUUCGAACCUCAAUGGUGUUUUCUAGAUCAUUUAAAUUUAAAAAGCAGUUUGCCAAUAUUCUUGAAUAAACGUAUUCAAAAGAUAAAUAUGCCAUCUCAUAUUAUUCAAAACGAACGAAAGAGACGGGUAUAAUAUUUAUCCUCCAAAUUAUGUUAAAGUAUUUACAUAGUACGUGCGUAUAACAGACUACAGGGCGUUAUAACAUAGUCACAGAGAGCUUUAAACAAAAUCCAAUUCAACUACAAAAUUCGACAUCACGAUCCGUUUAUUGAAACAUGUAAUUUUAUAGCAAUUAAGGAUAUGACAAUAUUAAUUUUUUAUAUUUUUUGCACUGCGUAAAAUUCACAUUAAUUUGUAUAUGGGGAGCUUAUAUUAUUGUGUAUAUCAUUAAUUUAUUUAUUAAGUUUUAUUGUGUAGUUAAUUCUUUUUUUCGCAAACGUUCACGAAUCAUCGUUCAAGAGUUUGUAUAUAAAAUUAAAUAAUGGAACGCGAUACAUCGACACUAUCCGCCUUUAUUGUUAAUGGCGGUGAUUUUACAAAAUAAUAUAUUUAUAAGAGUGAGAGUGUACAUCAAAGUGUAUUGUACUAUCUUUAUGAGCUGAUGUUUUACAUUUUUUUUUUUUCAAGCAAAUCAACCAAACUUAUUCUACAUUUAUUUAUUGUGUUCAAUUAGCUCAUAAAGAUGGCGUACGUAAGCGUAAAGCUAUGUCCUGAAUUUCUUUGGUGCUAAUUUGCAACAUUCGUUUUUGGGUUAGCCGUUAGUACGUUAGCUAGAUGUAGAUUUCACAAGCACUGCCUGUCAGCAGAGCUUAUUAGAUUUACAGACGGCCUAAGUGCUCGUGGGCUCGGGCCAAUUGUAAGUAAUAAUUGUUGUGUGGUGUGUAUGUUGUUAUUUUGGCGCGCGAUAGCAUUACCGUGUCAAUGUCAAAAUACUCGACGUUCGAUUUUUGAAUUUUCAAUGACUGCUUUUUUUUCGAAUGACUUUUUACACGUCAAUCAUAUGUGUAUAUUGUACAGUAUGUAGAUCAUAACUGAUUGUUUUUCUGUGGUCUAGGCUAGUAAUGCUAUCACACCGCCUUAUUAAAUGUUACAUUGUGCAAGAGACCAGUUGGCGGAUAGCACUGUUAACUUAUUUAGGCGUAAUUGUUGACUGAUUGAAUAAUUUAUAUUUCAAUAUCAUUAAUUUUUGUUUUAAAUGUUAUAUAGAAUGCUAUCUUUUACGGAUGUUUUGACUGGAUCAAAAUUAUUUUUGAUUGUGAAGUGUGCAAUUUAUUUUGUAUUGAUUUAAUUAUAUUAUGGUUACUAUUGUAUGGUUAUUUCUUCACAUUGUGUUGACAAUUACAGAUGUAUAUGCAAAGUCUACAUGCGA